AUGAUACCAUGGACUACCUUUGGGUCCACCGAAUAUGAUCCUGAUUGGCGUAUCGAGCUGAAUGAAUACAACCUCUUCCACUAUGUAGAGCGUGGCCCAACACAGCUGACACGAGGUCUGGACUCGAAUAUGCUUGAACAAGCACACGAACGCCAAUUUGCAAUUUCCCAACUCGGCCUGGUCAGCGCUGGAUUUGAGAUCGAACAUACCGCACGCAUAGAGCAUGCAAUACACACCCUCCUCGACUACUAUACCGGUCAUCAAGACAACGAAACCCGACUUCAGCCAACAUCACCACAUUGGGAACAUCUGGCGGACUUCAGCUCCUCGAGGGUUUCGACCAGCUUUGAACCUCUCCCACCAUUUGACUCUGAGCAGUCGACCACCACUUUAACAGCAACACGUGCGCCACCGCCAACUCUGACGGUGGAAACCUCACCAAGAUCACCUCUUGCACUUAUAGAUCUCAUGAACCCAGAACCCGUCGUCGAUGUUAAACCUUUAAAACGCAAGUACGCUGGUGAUCAUAGUCCGCCGGUUGUCGAUGUCGAUUCGGCAGAUGAAGUUUUCGAUAUUGAGAACGAGAAACUUCUCCCUCGAAGUUUGGAUUAUAUCCGAGCAUCAAGAUCCUCCAUUCCAAGGUUGCCUAGGACUCAUAGAGAACCACGAAUGAGACGGCCUUCGCCAGUAAGGAUAACCUUACCUCAACACCGCAAGCGUCCUGCCUACGAGGCACAAAACGCUGAGACGGAAGCGCACCUACUUCUGUCCUUUUCACAUCAAUAUACAAGAGUUGUAAGCUAA